AUGGGCCUCUCUGGGGACGAGUGGCAGAAAUGCCACAAGACUGGUGGCAAGAGAAAGCCCCACCACAGGAAGCAGAGGUAUGCGCUGGGACCCCCAGCAUACACACAGUCCGCGCUUUGGGGAGGGAUGGGCAGAAAGAAGUCCCGCGCCUGGAGGCUGGACGUGGGGACUUCUCCUGGGGCUCCCAGUGUUGUGCACAAAACAAAGGUUGUUCCUGUUAUUUACAGUGCACCCAGCAGCCAACUGGUGAGCACGAAGCCCCUGGUGAAGAUCUUGCAAGGUGCUGGAGGACGGCACACCCUACCCACAGCGGUGUGGGUCCCUCCAGCACUGCCCCUGGGCCACAAGAAGGGGGCCAAGCUGACUCCCAAGGAGGAAGAGAUUUCAAGCAAAAAACGAUAA